AUGUCUGAGCCUGAGUUUGAGCAAGCCCGCAAGGAGCUCGUCUCCACCCUUGAAUCUUCCUCCCUCUUCCAGAAGAACCCCGAGUACAAGAAGGCACUCGAGGUUGCCUCCGUUCCCGAGCGCAUCAUCCAGUUCCGCGUUGUCUGGGAGAACGACAAGGGCGAGUGCCAGGUCAACAAGGGAUACCGUGUGCAAUUCAACUCUGCUCUCGGUCCCUACAAGGGCGGUCUCCGCUUCCACCCCACCGUCAACCUUUCCAUCCUCAAGUUCUUGGGUUUCGAGCAAAUCUUCAAGAAUGCUCUCACCGGCCUGAACAUGGGCGGUGGCAAGGGCGGUGCCGACUUCGACCCCAAGGGCAAGUCCGACAACGAAAUCCGCAAGUUCUGCGUUUCUUUCAUGAGGGAGCUGAACAAGCACAUCGGUGCUGACACAGACGUUCCUGCGGGCGACAUCGGCGUCGGUGGACGUGAGAUUGGAUACCUCUUUGGCACAUACAGAGCUGAGCGCAACCGCUGGGAGGGUGUCCUCACCGGCAAGGGUGGCGCAUGGGGAGGCUCCUUGAUCCGUCCUGAGGCGACGGGAUUCGGUCUCGUCUACUACGUCGAGCACAUGAUCACAUACGCCAGCGGCGGCAAGGAGUCGUUCAAGGGCAAGCGCGUUGCUCUAUCCGGAUCCGGCAACGUGGCUCAGUACGCUGCGCUCAAGAUUAUGGAGCUCGGCGGUAUUGUUGUCUCUCUCUCCGACUCCAAGGGUGCUCUCAUCGCCGAGGGCGACAAGGGUUUCUCUGCCGACGAUAUUGAGAAGAUUGCUACCCUCAAGCUCCAGCGCAAGGCGCUCUCUGCUCUUGACAACCACAGCUUCAAGUAUGUUGAGGGUGCGCGCCCCUGGAAGGAGGUUGGCAAGAUCGACAUUGCCCUUCCCUCAGCGACCCAGAACGAGGUCUCCGAGGAUGAGGCGAAGGCUCUUAUCGAGGCUGGCGCCAAGUACAUCGCCGAGGGUUCCAACAUGGGUUGCACUCAGGAGGCUAUCGACGUCUUCGAGGCUCACCGCAAGGAGAAGAAGAGCGAGGCCAUCUGGUACGCACCUGGAAAGGCUGCCAACGCCGGUGGUGUUGCCGUCUCUGGUCUCGAGAUGGCCCAGAACUCACAGCGUCUGUCCUGGACUUCCGAGGAGGUUGACGAGAAGCUCAAGAAGAUCAUGAAGGACUGCUUCGACAACUGCCUCGAGACCGCCAAGGAGUACAUCACCCCCGCCGAGGGCGAGUUCCCAUCCCUUGUUGGCGGUGCCAACGUUGCUGGUUUCCGCAAGGUUGCUGCUGCCAUGCACGAUCAGGGUGACUGGUGGUAA